UCUUUCGCGCAGCAGUCUAGCCGCAAAUCUUGCCAGUGUUGGUCACGUUUUGUUUUUGUGCGCAGAUUGGCCGCUACGCGAGGCGUCUGGGUUCUUUUUUUAUGGUGAAUUCGUCGCGAGGUUGCCCCACGGUAUGUGUAAUAGCUGAAGUGAUUUGAUUUCGAUAAAUACCGGCUUUUCGAUAUAUUUUGGUGAACUAUUCAAAAGACACGGGUUCAGAAACUGUGUCCAUAGCGAACUGUGUUUAUGAAUGUUUUGUUUGUGUGUUGGAAAUACCUACAAAAAGUGCACCAACUUGUGCGCCGACUGGAGAAGUAUCAGAUUGCCGGCUCGCUGAAUCAUCGCCUCCUGUGACCACCGUGUGUGGGCCUGUACAUCGACACUGAUCCCUCGGCUGCUCAGGAGCGUGGAAAAAAGACCAGGUGCCAGAAAAAAGCUCACUAGCUGGAAAAAACCGCGAGAGUCGAUUAUGUCGAUAUGGUAGAAGCUGACAUGUGUGAUGACUAUACAAUUCAUCGCGUUUAGCGUUGCAAGACUAAAUGCCAUGGAAUCAUUGCACAACGGUGCUCCGUCAUCCCUAGUGAUAGCACAUUCACCAGCUACCUAUAAAAGUCCGCUGCGACCAAAAGGCCACUACCGAUCAUCAUCCCUAGAGAAUAAUCCAUUUGUUCUAACCGGGGGAAAAUCAACACUCAGCCUAGUUCCCACCAGCUUCACCGGUACUCUCAAAUCGCGACGAGAACAAAAACGGAUAUCGGACUUCCUCAGCAAGCAGGCAUAUUCCAGUGGGACUGCUACAUCCCUUGACGGUACCAUUGGCAACGGCAGAGAACAAAAUGAGAGCAGCAUACGAAAAGCACACUUCGAAAACAUUCGUGAAAUUUUCGAGAAAAACAAUAGCAAAAAUGCGCACAACAACAAGCUAGCGGCCACCAGUGCGAGUACUUCACUGACCAAAUUCAACAGCAUUGUGUCGGUAUCGACUACUACAUCCGGACAUGACACAACCUCAGGAGUUUCACUCUCUACGGAGGACAAACCACCCAAGAUCCAGUCAUGUAGUGGCAUUCUUGGCAAGGGCAAGCAAGUGAUUCGCCCAAUAGCAUUCAAACCAGUUCCUUACAAAUGUAACACACCAAAUUAUACCAGUCCGGCGAGCCAAAAUGGGGGUCGUCUUACAGACCUAGGUGAACGCUACGGAUCGACGCCUUCUCUUGGGCCUGCAAUGAGUAUUCAGUACAAGUUUGGCAGCACAACUGAUCUUCACGCUCAUAACCACAAUAUACGACAUAGUGAACAUGGUGGCGUCGGAAGCGUUACCUCGAACGGGCUGGUCGCAACUAACGGGCCUUCUAGCGUUACGUAUCAACACCAGUACGGAACGCUGACGCGGAAAACCUCUAGUAUACCAUUCAAAACCUACGACAGUCUGGAAUCAAUUCUUAAGCUACCGGACAGCAUGAUUGCGUCGUAUCCAAAUUCCAACACUGGCCAAUCUUCCUUGGGUCUAUACGCUGCGCAUGAUCUCCUCGAUAUGGCUCCUUCACCGUCGGAUUCGGGCAUCUCGGAACUAGAGGCUGCAUUGCGCGAUCGAGACUCAGAGCUGGCGUACCUUCGGCAAACAAUGGAGCACAAUGAGCAAGUAAUAUUCAAAGUUCAUCAGGAUAAGGAAAAGCACUGGGAACAAGAGCUGAACCGCUUAAAAGCAAUCCACGAAAACCGGCUGCGUGCCGGUGCCCAAAAGGUGCACAAACUCGAGCAACUGCUGAUGAUGCAGACUUUUCAGCUGCGCCAGGACAAGAAACGGUUACAGGAAGAUGUCAAUCGGCUGCACUCGGAGUUUACGCUGGCUAAGGAGCAGGUAGAGCAUCAGAAAGGUGAACUUUGCCACCUGAAGCUUAGCGAGAAGGAUCUUAAGGAUCAGAACGGCGAUCUGAUCGAUGAAAUCCAGAUGCUGCGCCGUGUCGUUAGUGAUCUGAAGGAACGUCUGGAGGAGAGCGAGUGGAGCCUGUGUCAGCGCAAUGGGGAAGUAGCUCUGAUGAAAACCCAACUUAAGGAUGCACAGGUGGAUAUUACAGCGAAAGAUCAGGAGAUUGUGCAGCUGCGGGCGGACAUCAAAAUGCAAAAUUUGGAUGAGAUUAGUUUUAAAAAGUCUGAGAUAAAGAAAGAGCUUGAUUUCGAUCUGGAGAUUUCACAACUAAACCGUAUCAUUAUCUUUAAAGAUCAGAUAAUAGUGGUGAUGAACAACGAAAUACAGAAGUUACGCAAAGAACUGUCUGAUAUUUCUAUAAUGCGAGGCUACGAAGGGGUUCCUUCUGGACGCUAUUCCCGCUAUAAGAAAAAGCUAGACUUUGUUGUACAAAAAUUUGGCGACUCUACAGAGCAAAGUAAAAGCAAUUCUGACGAUGGCCAGUCUGGAGAGCCCAAGCCCGAUCCCGGUGGAGGUGAUGUUAAGAUGAAGGACGACCUAAACAGCAGUGAAAUCAUCAGAAACUACUUCAACAACAAACUGGAAUUGAACAAAAAACUAUUUUUGAAUACUCAAAUUUGCAACUACUCUGAUGAGGAUAAGUCAAGCAUGAUCGAGACCUAUAAUGCCAAAAAAAUACCAGAUAUAACAUUGGACUUAAGCAGCCUGGGCAUUCAUGAAGGAAAAGUGUCUGACCAGACGAAAGAGUCGGUGCUGGGCGACCAGGGCUACAACCAGAGUUCGUCGGAUGACGACUACAAAUCCAUGACACCGACACGAGACCAGGACGAUGACGAAGAGGAGCUUCGUCUCUUAGCCACCGAAACCGACACAGCAAAUAACUGUGAUAAAACGACAUUGCAGGACAAGGAUCUGCAGUUAACACAGCUACGGCAGGAAUUGCAGGAUUGUCGUGCUGGCUUUGAACAGGAACGGCUGAAAUGGGCCGAUGAAAAAGAGAAGGUACUGGUCUACCAACGGCAGCUGCAGCAGAACUACAUAGAUAUGUGCAAACGAACUGCUGUACUGGAAGAAAAGCUCAAAACCUUUGAGAAUCAGUAACCCAAUAAAGACCAUCCUAUGAUGGCGUGAAAUUUUAUAGGUUUCAACUAUUUGUGAGAAUAAGUAUAUGUCGUAGUUUAUAUUAUCCUGACGAAUAUUUGUAUUGCUUCUAGCAAUGCACCCUAACUAAGCUUAAGUUACUUCGAGAUUUUAAGGUUCCAUGACCAUGUUCUCGUUUAUGUUCGUUAUGCAUAACAGCAUGUAUGUAAUAUUCUACCGCAAAUGUUGUUAGUGUGACUUUAGAACAAUUUUAUCACCUUUUUAUUUAAGAAUAUGAUUUUGCUCUAAACUGUUUGAUAAAGAAACAA